GGAAAUAAAACUGUGAAAGAAACAUUUUCCUUCACUGGCUUCAGUAUGACCUGUUGAUACGAUCGUGCCCCUUGUUUCAACUGCAGUCCCUCGGCCAAUACUUAUACACUAAGUGAUAGUUUCUCUUUGCCAUGAAUUAUGGCAUCUAACCAGCCCGACAGUAUAGUUCCCAAUCCUGACGUUAUCAAUCGAACAACAAGAAAUGAGAAAUUGCCCCUUUUGAACAAGACGCCGAGUGUCAUCAGCCAGGUCAGUGUCCUGAACGAAUUCCCGGACGAAGCAUUUACAGCUAUUGUACGAAAUGUGGAGAAGGCAAUCGAGGACGGAAUUCUACCUGAGAGAAUCGCCCAGGGAAGCAGUGGAAGUUAUUUUGCCAAAGAUGUGAAUAGGGAAACUGUGGGUGUUUUCAAGCCCCGCGAUGAAGAGCCAUAUGGUGCUGCAAAUCCCAAGUGGACGAAGUGGUUGCAGAAACAUUGCUGUCCUUGCACGUUUGGACGAGGCUGUCUUGUGCCCAACCUCGGGUACCUAUCAGAAGCCGGAGCAAGCAUAGUGGACGAGAAACUUGGUCUAGAUAUUGUGCCAACAACGAAGGUUGUGUAUUUGGCUAGUGGAUCAUUUCACUACUCCACCUUUGACCGGGCAGCAACCGGUGCUCGUCAGCUUGCAUCAGAGACGCUACCAAGCCGAAUACGCCAUCAUGUCAAGACUGGCCUUCCAUUGAAGGAGGGUUCAUUUCAGCUAUUUGUCAAAGGGUACCGUGAUGCUGAGUACUGGCUGAGACAGUUUGAUAGUGAGCCACUUAGUACUGAGAUUUCCAAUAAUUUUCAACUGCUCUUCGAGAAGCUAGUCUGCUUGGAUUACAUUAUUCGCAACACAGAUCGAGGAAACGAUAACUGGCUUAUUCGCUAUGAGAGAGCAAGAUCAACAACGGUUUCCGAUCCUGAGGACAGGGGUACUGAGCUGCAUGAAGUCUCCCCGGAUGAGGAUGACAUUGAUUACUGCAUGGUUUCGCACGGUGCUAUCUCUGUGGCAGCAAUAGACAAUGGGCUGGCAUUCCCCUUCAAGCACCCUGACUCUUGGCGGGCAUUUCCCUACCAUUGGGCUUGGCUGCCACAAGCAAAAAAGCCGUUUAGCAAAGCAACAAUCGAUUGGAUUCUUCCGAAAAUUUCGUCACAUAAAUUCGUGGACGAGUUGGUGGAGGAACUCCAGGCUCUGUUCAAGAUUGAUACCAGCUACAGUCCAGGCUUGUUUCAACAGCAGAUGUCUGUCAUGCGUGGUCAGAUCUUGAAUUUAGAGAAGGCAUUUCGAGACAGGAUGUCACCAUGGCAGCUGGUACAUCUGGCCAGUUGUACAGUGGACCGGGAGAGUGCUGUGACUGGCGAAGCCAAGAUUCAUCUGCGUACUCCCGUCUUCAGUUGUUGGUAGUCCUCACGAAUUGUGCACCGCCUAGCACCCCUCUACGUGCGCUUGCUGCUGCUGCUUCCAUCACUACUACUGCCGCUGCUGCUGCUGCUUGUGCAAACCUGCAAGGUCGUACUUACUGGUAAAAUGUAUCAGUUAUUCCACUCUUCCAAGCAUCUGCAGCUAGUGGACAGCGGGCAUCUGGGAACAGGAUUCUAUGGGCUUCUACUUCAGCUGCCUGUGAAGCCACGGUGAACCUGGCGACUAACUUAGAUCUGUUUCGCCUUCUACCGUACAUGCUCGGUUGGCACUGGCCAAUAUGCUACACGGAUUCAGGUGCAGUCGAGUUGCUGGUGCUGCUACUGCUUAUGGUGAUACAGUUGGCAUUGCCCAGUCAGUGUUCCCAAUGACCGCAUAAUUGCUCUCUCCAGGACGAUUUCAACUCAUACCUGCAGAUAGAGUGCUCUGACCGUCGUAUUCGCUUGCCAAGUGGAAGCUUGCCCCCCCCCAGCUCUUUGUUCAUUUCACACAGAGUUCAUUUUGUGGUUCUCAUUUUCCAAAAGACACCCUAUUUCAAUACAAACUUGCCGAUGGCCAUAAAAUGCUCCGUUCCUGCUGAAGUUGCUAAGCUAGCAAUCCCAUAAUUAUUGCAUAACCUUUGUGCGUGCUGCUUUGUGCAUGCUGCUUUGUGCGUGCUCGUCCACUAGACAUUGCUUUUAUUGCCUGUCCUCUUUGGCAUUUUUAUUAUAUAUGUUUUAACUCGCUCUUCGCACUGAGCUGGCCAACAGUGCUUGAUAAGUUUAUCAAAGGUGCACUGCACUAUGAUAAUGUUUCAUCUUUUAAAAUACACAAGUUUGCUCAGUUCAACACUAGCGUUAUCUUCAAUGCGAUGAUUGUCACACAAUGCGCUGGCAGCACCGGUGAUUAUCUCUAUUCUGCUUCUGGACAUCUUCUGUGUCAUGGCCAGACUUUCUUUAUAUCCGUGGCACAGCAGCUAGGCUUUUUUAUACUGUACAGCCACCCUCCCAUGGUCUGCCCACUGAGGAGACAGCCAAGCUGCACUAGUGUAACUGCCUUUACGUUUGCAUUGUCGUUUCCUUGCACUAUCUCAAUGUCAUCUGGUUUAUGACACUGUCAAUGGAUUUUUGCGUUGUUCCAGGCCAGGAGUAUGGUCUAUUAUAUUCUUCUUAGAAAACAUGCCUUCGCCUGAUUAUACGACCUUAUUGGGAUCGCACAUUUACUGAAAUGAAGUCUACAGUCAUUAUAAUUAUGCCUAUGUCUCCAGUA